CGCUGGUUCUCAUCCCAGACGCUUCUCCCUCUCCCUCCCUGACUCCCUCCUCUCUCUCUCUGAUUAAUCUGUCUUUUUCUUACCAUCUAAAAUUUAUAAAAGUUAAUUAAAAGCUCUAUCUCUCACGCUAUUUGUGUAUUUCAUUUCACUGCCCCUCGAAUACCGUCGCAGAGAGACUAAGAAAACGAAAACAAAGCCGCAUGCAGAUCAUCAGCAACAACCUUGUACGGUUCUGAAACGAGGAACUUUUUCCGUUGGUUCGUGAAGGCGGUGGUGGUGGUGGGAUUUUUGGGGUGAGAGCUUUUUGAAAUGGUGGGACAAGGAAACAUCAAGACUGAGGACUUGAACUUGUGCUUUGAGAAGCUGAUGAUGUUUGCAAGUGCUUCUGGUGGAAGCGCUUCUGUUGGUGGGAAAAUGAAGAUGGAAGGAAGGGUGAUGAUCACCGAUUGGAAGGAUAUUCCGAUUGAGCUGCUUCUGCAAAUCCUGGCGCUUGUCGAUGAUCAGACGGUGAUCACGGCAUCUGGAGUCUGCAGUGGCUGGAGAGAUGCUGUUUGCUUGGGCCUUACUCGUCUCUCCCUCUCAUGGUGCACCAAGAACAUGAACAGCUUGGUCCUAUCUCUAGCUCCUAAGUUUACAAGAUUGCAGACUUUAAUACUGCGGCAAGAUCAUAAACCCCAACUUCAGGAUAAUGCUGUUGAGAGCAUUGCAAACUUCUGUCAUGACCUGCAGGUCCUGGACCUCAGCAAAAGCUUCAAGCUCAGUGACCGAUCCCUAUAUGCCUUGGCUCACGGGUGCCCAAAUCUUACAAAACUAAACAUUAGUGGGUGCUCGGCAUUCAGUGACAUUGCUCUUGAAUAUCUUGCUGGAUUUUGCCGAAAAUUGGAAGCCUUGAAUCUUUGUGGUUGCGGCAGGAGUGCAUCAGACAGGGCAUUGCAGGCUAUUGGGCAUUACUGUAGUCAGUUGCAGUCUCUGAAUCUUGGUUGGUGUGAGGAUGUAAGUGAUGUUGGAGUUAUGUGUUUGGCACAUGGAUGCCCUGAUCUCAGAACUGUUGAUUUGUGCGGCUGUGUCCUAAUAUCAGAUGAUAGUGUGAUUGCUUUGGCAAACAGGUGUCCUCAUUUGCAAUCGCUUGACCUUUACUACUGUAAGAACAUUACAGACAGAGCAAUGUAUUCCUUGGCCCAGAGUGUAGUGAAGAACAAGCCUGCGGCAAUGUGGGAAUCCCGGAAAGCCAGGAAUGACGAGGAAGGGCUUAGGACCCUCAACAUUAGCCAAUGCACAGCACUCACCCCUUCUGCUGUUCAGGCGGUGUGCGACUCGUUCCCUGCACUUCACACCUGCUCUGGAAGGCAUUCCCUCAUCAUUAGCGGCUGUUUGAACUUGACGUCGGUGCAUUGUGCCUGCGCUGUCCAAGCUCACCGCACUGCCAACGCCUUUCCUCAUUCAGCUCAUGGAACCAAUGAACGGGGAUUAGGGUAACGAUCUGGUAAAGUGUUGAAAGGACCGAGAACCCUUAACCACUGUACAUAUGUUUGUAUUGAGAUGUAAGAUAUUGGUCGCAAAUGGGCAGCAGCCAUUUGUUGGAACCUACGGACUUUAUCUUGACUUAUGUUAUCGGCUUUCGAAUAUUGAAUUGUGCAGCAUUUUUGGAUGCUCGAAAACAAA